AUGACUCCACGACCAGUCGAAAAGACUUGGUGGAAAGAAGCCAUCGUCUAUCAAAUCUACCCCGCCAGUUUCCUCGACAGCAACGGCGAUGGACUCGGCGACAUCCCCGGCAUCAUCAGCAAGGUGCCGUACAUCAAAUCUCUGGGAGUAGACACAAUCUGGCUCUCCCCAAUCUUCGCCUCGCCCCAAAAAGACAUGGGCUACGAUGUCGCAGACUAUCGCUCCAUCCACGCACCUUACGGCACCGUCGAGGACGUCCAAGAGUUGAUCGACCAGCUCCAUGCACAUGAUAUGCGCAUUCUCAUGGACCUGGUCGUCAAUCACACCAGUGACCAACACGCUUGGUUCAAAGAGUCCCGCAGCUCCAAGUCAAACUCCAAGCGUGACUGGUAUAUCUGGCGCGAUCCCAAGUACGAUGCCCAGGGGAACCGCAAGGAGCCCAAUAACUGGAAGUCUGUAUUCGGAGGGAGCGCAUGGGCCUUUGACGAGCUUACCGGUCAAUACUAUCUCGCCCUGUUCUUACCCAGUCAGCCCGAUCUCAACUGGGAAAAUGCAGAGAUGCGCAAAGCCACUCACGACGAUAUGCGCUUCUGGCUCGAUCGAGGCGUGGACGGGUUCCGCAUCGACAGCAUGAACUUGAUGUCCAAGCACCCAGAUCUACCAGAUGGCAAGAUCCUCAAUGACGAGCCGUAUCAAUCUGGCGCGGAAUUCUUCGCUUCUGGCCCCAAGAUGCACGAUUACAUUCGCGAAAUCAGGACCGAGGUCUUUGACAAGUACGACGUGAUGACAGUCGGUGAACUCGGUUUCACCAAGGACGAGAAAUCCGUCAGCGAAUACGUCGCCAAAGACCGGCAUGAAUUGAACAUGCUUUUCACCGGUGACAUUGUGGACAUGGAUUUCGGUCCAAACGCAAAAUACGAGCGAGGCGACUUCCACCCUCGAAAGAUUCGCAAAAUCACCAAUCUCUGGCAGACGGCCAUGCCCAAGUUUGACGGGUGGAACACCGUUUACCUGGACAACCAUGAUAGCGGCCGCUCGCUAUCUCGAUAUGCCUCCGAUGCCCCGGAACACCGCUCGACAGCCGCGAAAAUGCUGGCUACAUAUUUGACGACGUUGAGCGGUACUCCGUUCAUGCUGGCCGGUCAAGAGAUCGGUAUGGCGAAUCUAGGCAAGGACUACGGUGUAGAUGCAUACAUCGAUGUUGAAGGCCAGAACUACUACAACGAGAUUUUGAAAGCCCGAGGUGGCAAUGUAUCCAAGAUGGACGAUGUCCUCCGCGAGCUGCAACUAAAGUCCAGAGACCACGGACGUCUGCCUAUGCAAUGGGAUAGCUCGCCCAAUGCCGGCUUUACCGUUGCAAGCGCUAAGCCAUGGAUGACUAUCAACAAGGACCAUGUCCAGUGGAACGUUGCGAGUCAACUCGAUGAUCCGGAGAGUAUCAUGGCAUACUGGAAACAGAUGAUUGCGCUGCGGAAGAAGUACUCUGACCUUUUCGUUUAUGGACCUUAUACCACCCUAGAGGAAUCUGAGACGGGUGAGAUGGUUCUGGGAUACGAGCGUAGUUGGAGUCAGACUGAUCAGAAGGCGGUUGUGUUGCUGAAUUUCUCGGAUCAGGUCCAGACUGUUCCUGUUGAAAAGUAUGAUGAUUUCCGGGUUUUGGUUUCGAACCAGGAUGGCGUUGAUUUGGCGAAGGGGCAGGUUGAGCUGCGACCAUAUGGCGCGGUGGUUCUCUUAAACGAGUAA